UUAACGUUUCAGUUGGAGAUAGAAUACGAGAGAAGCAGUCAGGGAAAAGAAAGUUCUCAAGUAUGAGAAGGUACAGAAGAGAUUGGUCUUAUGGAGAGCAGGAUAGGUGUUAUGGAAGGAGAGAUUAUCAUCAUGAGCAGCCUGAAAGCAGCUACUCAAGCCGAAGAUACGACGCCCGCGACGAGGUAGUGACUCUGCCACUGCCGGGAAAAGCUGCUACGGGUUCCCCCAUGUCCAUGGCCGUGGACUUCAAAACAUAUGUAGAUCAGGCCUGCCGAGCUGCUGAGGAGUUUGUCAACAUUUACUAUGAGACCAUGGAUAAGAGACGCCAGGCAAUUACCAGGCUCUAUCUGGACAAGGCCACCCUGAUCUGGAACGGAAAUGUUGUUACCGGGAUGGACUCCCUGACAAAUUUUUUUGACAUGUUGCCCUCAAGCCAGUUUCAAGUCAACAUGUUAGAUUGCCAGCCAGUUCAUGAGCAAGCUACCCAGUCGCAGACAACAGUUCUCGUUGUGACCAGUGGAAUCGUGAAGUUUGAUGGAAACAAGCAACAUUUCUUCAACCAAAAUUUCCUGCUGACUGCUCAGGUCACGCCCAGCAGUACAGUGUGGAAAAUAGCAAGUGAUUGCUUUCGUUUUCAAGACUGGGCUACUUGUUAAAGGGAGCAGGGAGUCCAUUCAUCUUUGUUCCAUUAGCUCCAGCAGCAGGAAUUUGCAUGAAUUAAUCCAUUUCUUUAUAAAAGCACUACAGACUAGCAUGUGCUUUCUUGUUUUGUUUUAUUCUUAACAACACCUUUUUCUAGCAGAUAGCAAGUUUAAAUCAUUGCCCUUAAGAGCUUUAAUGCUAUUUUUACAUGCCUUAGAUACGUUGAGUAAUGCCAUUCUUUACUAUUAAGCACGUGAUCUCGGUACUAACAUAUUCACUGUGAACCCAGCCUUUUGCAAAAAUGGAAUUCUUUAUUAUAAUGCUGUCUAGAAUAUCAGCACAAUGUAACUCUGAGAAGAAAUGCAGUUCAUUUUGGUUAUUAGAUAAUUUUUUGUAACAAAAUACUUGCCUAUUUCCAGUUAACACUAGUGAUAACAGUUUUAAUAUAUAACUUUUCCAAAUCAGGACAGUGAAAACACAAAUUUAGGUUUGUACAACUACCCUAAUGUAUUAGAAUUGCAUGGUAAAGUUGUUCACUAAUCUUUUAUCAAGUUUUUUUUUUACACUGGCACAUUUUGUUAUGAAGUGAAUUAACCAAAUAGAGUGAUGCAGAAUGUUCUUAGUUGAUGCCUGAGUAUCAGGUACAUUUGGUGGCUUAGCGGCAAAACUUAAAACAGAUUCUCUUGGCAGCUGUAGGUCUAUACAUUUAGACAAUGAAUGGUAGUAGAAUUCAUAGCUUUAGUGGGAGAAUGGGGAAUGAGAAAUGUAAAAUCUAAGUUUGAAGCUGAAAGUGGGGGGAUGAAUUUCAAAAUGAUAACUUUUUGGUACUUGUUUUCUACCUCCUAAAAAUAUACCCUGCUUUUAGUUUAAAUUACUCAGUAAGUAUUUUUGCCUACUGGUCAUGAAUGUCACUUAGUUCAAGAAGGAUUCUUUUUUUU